AUGCCUAAAGGUGAAGGAGGUAUGGGAUUCAAGAAUCUAAAUGCUUUCAAUCUGGCCAUGUUAAGUAAGCAAGCUUGGAGGCUUACGACUAAUACAGAUUCUCUUGUAUCCCGUCUAUACAAAGUCAGGUAUUUUCCGAAUAACGAUUAUCUAAGCUUUAAUAUUAGUCAUAAUCCUAGCUAUGUAUGGCGUAGCAUCUGGAGCUCUAAAUUUGUGAUUAAGGGAGGAUUGAAAUGGAGUAUAGGGUCAGGGGAGAAUAUUUCGGUUUGGGAUCAGUAUUGGUUGGUUGAUGGUACUUCACUGACUAAUCCUUGGCCUAAUAAUUUGGUGGUGAGUAAUCUUAAAGUGUCGGACUUGAUAACUCUUAAUGGUAAAGAAUGGAACCAUAAUUUGAUUUAUGCGCUUGUAGGAGAAGAAACAACUAAAAAGAUUCAAAACACUCAUCUAUUUGCAGCGGUUCAUAAUGAUAAAUAG